UAUCACAACUGAUCAAAUCUGCUAUUACCAAAGAACUUAAAAAAGCCGUAAUAUAUUCAGUUCAAUUGGAUACUAUACAGGAUAUCACUGUUGUAGACCAAUGUUCAGUUAUCGUUAGGUAUGUAGUUGGUACAAAAAUACAUGAACGCUUAAUAGGAAUGGUUAAAUGCACCUCGAGCAAAGGCAUUGAUUUUGUUAAUUUAUUAUUAAAUACUUUGAAACAAAUGGGUAUUAAUCCAAAAUACUGUGUUGGAAAUUCAUCGGAUGGAGCUGCAAAUAUGCAAGGUGUAAGUUUAUUUGGACUUUUAAAAGGAUGCGCCGUUUUUCUAAAAGAAUCCUAUAGUCGAAUGGAUGUAUGGCGUUCAAAAGGUACAAGACAAAGGAUAUGUACAAUAGGAGAAACGAGAUGGUGGUCAAAAGAUACAGCAUUAACCAAAGUUUUUGGUUACUUUAAUAAUCCCGAUAACUGUUUAUUUGUUGAAUUAAUAACUUCAUUAGAAGAAAUAUGUGAAAAUACACGACUUCUAAGCACGACUAAAGGUUAUGGUGUUAACUUAGUUUCUGCCCACCAAAUGGUAACUCAAACUCUUAAUUAUUUGAAAAAAAUUGAUCGUGAUUUUCCCAGCAUCGAGCAAGCUGCUGAUAAUUUUUUGACAUGGGCAAACAAUAAAUUAGAAACAGUAGAAAACACCUCUAUCCAAAUCCAUGACAGUAUAAGAUCAUUUCGACCAAGAAAAAAAUCGAAGCUAUUUUCUUAUGAAUCAACUGAUAACCCAAUCGAAGAUCCAUUGCAUUCGUAUACAAUUUGUCUCAUGGACAGCUUUGUCAAGAGUAUAAGUGAUCAAUAUAAGGAAGAUAUUGAAUUAAUUUCAGAUGGAGAAGAUAAUGAACAAAAUUAUAUGGAUAAUGAAAGAUGUUCUCAUAAUUCUGAUGAAACAAAGGAAAAGCGCUGCGUUGUUUGUUGUUUUAGCGUAAUAGUUAAUUAUAAUUUAUUUAGUAAUGCUUACCCAGGUCUGUAUUUUGCAUAUAAAUUAUUACUUACGUUUUCAAUCACUCAAGUAGGAUGUGAACGUAGUUUUUCAAAACUUAAGUAUGUUAAAAAUUAUUUAAGAAAUUCAAUGUCACAAGGAAAUUUAGAAAGUUUUAUGUUAAUGUAUGUUGAAAAAGAAAUGUUAACUGAAAUUAACCCUAAUGAUAUAAUUGAUAAGGUGGUUGCACAUAAAAAACAAUGGUCUUAUGAAGUCUCAACCAACGCCUCUAAAGAGAUAUUGCAAAAAAAAUGGAACAAGCCUGCUUUUCUUCCAUUAACAUCUGACAUACAAUUAUUUAGAAACCAUUUAAUUCAUGUACAAAAUGAAUUUCGUGGAAAAAAUCUCGAUGAAAUUAAUAUAAAUGUUGAUGCAUUAGUAUGUGAUGUUGAAGAUCAUACAUCAGAAGAUGAUAAACCACUUGAAAAUUCUAAGAAGUUUGUAAGGGUGCCUUGGACAGAGGCAGAAAAGAAAGUGACAACAGAAUACUUCCAAAAACAUAUUUUACUUAACAAAGUACCAAAAAAAGAAGAGUGCGAAAGAAAAGAAACAAUUUCCUGA